GCCGAGCCUGCCCGUGCUCCUUGGACCCUGGGCAGGCAGGGCGGCCGCCAUGGCCCUGGCAGGUGCCCUGGAGCGGCUGCAGGAAGAGGCCACCUGCCCCAUCUGCCUGGAGUACAUGAGCGAGCCCGUCAGCGUCGACUGCGGGCACAACUUCUGCCGGGGCUGCAUCUCGCAGCACUGCCAGGCCAAGGGGCUCUGGGCUGACGGGCCCUUCUCCUGCCCGCAGUGCCGGGCCUCCUGCCGCCGCAGCAGCUUCCGACCCAACCGGCCGCUGGCCAACAUCGUGGAGAGCGUCCGGCAGCUGCGGGGCAGCGCGGGGCCGGAGCCGGGCACCCCGCUCUGUGCGCUGCACGGGGAGCCCCUCAAGCUCUUCUGCGAGGAGGACGAGGAGGCCAUCUGCGUGGUGUGCCGCGAGGCGCUGCGGCACCGCCCGCACUGCGCGCGGCCCAUCCAGGAGGCCGCGCAGCUCUCCCAGUUCAAACUCCAGAAAUCCCUGGAACAUCUUUCAAAGGAAGUGGAGGACGUGAAGAAGCAUGAGUCAGUGGAAAGAAUGAAAACGCAGGAAUGCAAGGAGACAGUGAAGAAAAAGCGGGAGAGGAUUGUGAGCGAGUUUGGGAAGCUGCAUCGGCUGCUGGCUGAUGAGGAGAAGCUGCUGCUCCAGAAGCUGGAGCAGGAGGAGAAGCAGAUUCUGCUGAUGAUCACUGAAAACCUGACCAGGCUGAUGGAGCAGAAGAUCGUGCUGGAGGAGCUGAUCUUGGAGAUAAAGAAGAAGACCCAGCAGCCGGCUGACAUGCUGCUCAAGGACAUGAAGAACAUCCUGAGCAGGUGUGAGAAGGUGAAGUUCCAGUCCCCUGAGCCUGUGUCUGUGACCCUGAAGGAAAACUACAGCAUCCCUGAGCACUGCCUGAGCAUGAGAGACAUGCUGAAGAAGUUCAGAGAGGACGUGACUCUGGACCCCGAGACGGCGCACCCUGAGCUCACCCUGUCUGAGGACCGCAAGAGCGUGCGGCGCGGCAGCAAGAAGCUCUUUCUCUCUCUCUUCGACAGCCCGAAGAGAUUCAGCACCGCGCCGGUGGUGCUGGGUGCUCAGAGCUUCUUCUCAGGCCGCUACUACUGGGAGGUGCAGGUGGGAGACAAGCCAGAGUGGGGCUUGGGGCUGUGCCUGGAGUCUGCGAGCCGGAAAGGCAGCAUCCUCUUCUCCCCACAUAAUGGCUACUGGGUGCUGCGGCUGCAGAAUGGGGGCAACUAUGAGGCCCUCACUGCACCCGUGUCCCCCCUGACCCUGGGUGUGAGACCCCGGCGCAUCGGGAUCUUCCUGGACUACCAGGCAGGAGAAAUCUCCUUUUACAACGUGAACAACCACUCCCACAUUUACACUUUUACUGACAAGUUUUCGGGGAAGCUCCGGCCUUUCUUCUACCUGGGUGCCUUUUUGGGGGGCAGAAAUGCAGAGCCCUUAGUGAUCUCCUGGGUCAGGGACACGCAGGACACCGGGUGCAUCAUCCUGUGACUUCUCACAAGUGGGCAAAGACCUGGGAGCCCAACUGGUUCCUGCUGUGAGCAGGGCAGCACCAGGGAAAUAGCUGGGUGCCUUGGUGAGCAUCAUGGCAGGGUCUCCAUGUGUGGGUCUAAAACAACUGCCCACUGCCAACUGACUACCACCAUCUGCUGACCAAUGUGCAGUUGUCCCAGCACUGUAGAAGUGUCCAGCAGCCAGUUGUCAGUGGUCAGUUGUCCCUUUCCCCUUGCUUGCUCCUGGCUACUUCGGGUGACCCACCAAGUGUGACAUCCAUGCAGUGCCAUGCCUGUGCUGGGAAGAGCACUUUGCAGUGGGAAUGUGUCACAAUCCACUGCUGACAGGGACAGGGGAUCCCAGUGGCCACCACUGUGCUGCCACUCACCUCAUGAGCUGCUGGAGAAGGUUCUGCUUUUGGUGUGAAUUACACUGAAACAAGGCAAUAAAGGGUUGAUUUGGGGA